AUGCUGCAUAUUGUCGAUUGUAUUGAUGUCAGAUAUGACACACUUAGGUCACUCGCGGAGGAAAAAGUGAGAGCGCCAAAACUCAGCGAAGUGAGAGCACCAAAACUCAGCGAAGCAAUCCACGCCGUGGACCAUUUAAUUGAACUCGAACCGGAGGAAUUUGAAUUACUAUUGCUGAAGGCACACUUGCAUAGUUACAAUGAGGAACAUGAAUUGGCUAAGGAAGGAUUUGAACUCACUAUGAAGCAAGAUCCGUUGAAUGCUAAAGCUUAUAGUGGUCUUUUGAUGGAAAAUUUGGAAUUGAAGGAGCCAAUGGAGGGAUUUUUCAAUAGGGUUGAUGAAGCGGUGAAGUUUUUCGAGGAGAAAAAAAUGGACUCAGAAGCUAGAGAAUUUAAGCUUUUGAUUGCUCAGGUGAAAGUCAUGGAAGAGGAUUAUUCAGGGUGUAUAAGGAAAUUGUCAAAGAAGAACCGAGUGAUUUUAGACCUUAUUUGUGUCGAGGCCUUGUUUAUCCUCUGCUUAGAAAGAAUGAUGAAGCUGAGAAACAGUUUGAGAAUAUAG